GACAGAAGAUUAUCAUCAAACAGUAACACUCCAUUGUCUUCGAAAUUCCAGAUAGAGCCCAGAGACCUUUUUUUCUUCUUCUUAUUUUCUGAUCUCUUCGCUCUCUUUUUGCAUGGACUAUUAUAAUUUUUCAUAUAGACCAAAAAUUUUUAACUGGGUCCAGGUAAACCGAAACCUAUAAACUUAUGAGCAUCAACUUGCAUAAACGAAUUAACAAACGGUUCAAUGAAGAAAGGCAAGAUGUUUGUGACUACUGCAGCACAGUGUGAAUCGCUAUUGCGAAAAUUUUCAUCUUUGCAAUCCUUUCCCGAAACCAGAAAGCUGCACGCACUCAUGCUCACCCUUGGUCUAUUCUCCUCCUCCGACCUUUGCUCUAAGCUUGCCACAACAUACGCGCAAUGCCACCACGCAUCCUAUGCAUCCUACCUGUUUAAUAAAUUGCCUCAACCGAGUUUGUUCUCCUGGAAUGCUAUGAUGAGGAUGUAUGUCCAAAUUGGGCGCCCCCUUGACGCCCUCAACUUAUUUGUUGAAAUGCUUGACUCGGGUCAGACCUUGCCUGACAAAUUCACUUAUCCGGUUGUUAUCAAGGCUUGUGGCGACUUGUCUUUGAUUGAUGUGGGCGUUGGAGUUCAUGGGCAGGCCUGUAAGUUUGGUUUCGAUUCUGACACAUUCGUCCAGAACACUUUGUUGGCAAUGUAUAUGAAUGCUGGGGAGAAAGAAACAGCCCAGCUGGUUUUUGACUUGAUGCAGGAACGGACUGUGAUUUCUUGGAAUACCAUGAUAAAUGGGUACAUUCGGAAUAACUGUGCCGAGGAUGCACUGAGGGUUUAUGAGAGAAUGAUGGAUGAGGGUGUGGAGCCUGAUUGUGCAACCGUGGUUUCAGUAUUGCCUGCUUGUGGGCUUUUGAAAAAUGUGGAGGUUGGGAGGAAGGUUCACCGGUUGGUUCAGGAAAGAGGAUUUUGGGGAAAUAUUGUAGUUAGGAAUGCGUUGCUGGACAUGUAUGUUAAGUGUGCUAAGAUGAAAGAAGCACGCGUGUUAGCGAAUCAGAUGGAUGAGAAAGAUGUAGUAACAUGGACAACUUUGAUUAAUGGAUACAUUCUGAAUGGGGAUGCUAGAAGUGCUUUAAUGCUUUGUCGCAUGAUGCAGUGUGAAGGAGUGAAACCUAAUUCUGUAAGUAUAGCUUCUUUACUAUCAGCAUGUGGCAGUUUGGUUUAUUUGAAACAUGGCAAGUGCCUCCAUGCAUGGGCAAUAAGGCAAAAGCUCGAGUCUGAGGUCAUUGUGGAAACUUCCUUGAUUGAUAUGUAUGCCAAAUGUAAUCACGGCAACCUCAGUUAUAAAGUGUUUAUGGGAACCUCUAAGAAGAGAACGGCCCCAUGGAAUGCUCUUCUAUCUGGGUUCAUACAAAAUAAGCUUGCAGGAGAAGCAAUAAAACUCUUUAAGCAAAUGUUAGUGAAAGGUGUACAACCUGACAAUGCAACCUGUAAUAGUCUUCUUCCUGCAUAUGCUAUUCUUGCCGAUCUCCUACAGGCAAUGAACAUUCAUUGUUACCUUAUAAAAUCUGGAUUUCUUUACAGACUUGAAGUAGCAAGUAUUCUAGUCGAUAUAUACUCAAAGUGUGGAAGUUUAGGAUAUGCUCACCAGAUUUUUAAUAUAAUUCCUCUAAAGGACAAGGAUAUUAUUAUAUGGAGUUCAAUAAUUGCUGCAUAUGGAAAGCAUGGGCAUGGCAAAAUGGCGGUGAAACUUUUCAAUCAGAUGGUACAAUCUGGAGUAAAACCAAAUCAAGUCACCGUCACCUGUGUUCUGCAGGCUUGCAGCCAUGCCGGUUUGGUUGACGAGGGUUUUUCUUUGUUCAAAUUUAUCCUCAAGCAACAGCAAAUUAUUCCCCAUGUUGAUCAUUAUACUUGCAUUAUCGAUCUUCUUGGACGUGCUGGUAGACUGAACGAUGCAUAUAGCCUUAUUAGAUCAAUGCCUAUAACCCCUAACCAUGCUGUAUGGGGUGCACUACUUGGAGCUUGCGUGAUUCAUGAGAAUGUUGAACUUGGAGAGGUAGCUGCUAGGUGGACUUUUGAGCUCGAGCCUGAAAACACCGGUAAUUAUGUUUUGUUGGCAAAACUUUAUGCUUCUGUAGGAAGAUGGAAAGAUGCAGAGAAGGUUAGAGAUAUCAUGGCAAAUGAGGUGGGACUAAGAAAACUACCUGCUCACAGUUUAGUCGAGGUUAGAGAUAUGUGAAACGAACGUGGUCUUGGACUACAAUGCACAACCAAUAAAACUCUGUUCCAAAUGAUAGUCGUCAUUAUUGGCGUAGUUAUGAAGAGCCUACAAAACGUGAAAGGUUCCUCUAUAGAGGUGGAAAUACCUACUUCUUGUCAUUAUCCUAAUUAUGAUGGACAGAAAUGUCUUUGCUUCCAUAAUGUCUCAGCACGCAGAGUUCAACAAAGAGAUUUUGGCCAAUUUCCUUGAUGCAUGUCUGUUGAGGGCACAAUGGCCCCUACCAAAAAGUGCAGAAUUUCUAGGGAUUUCAGACACAUUCAUCAUCACCUAAAAACUAACAAGCUUCCCAGUUGCCAUGUUUGUGGUAUAACAGAGACAGUUUUGAGUUAUUCAUAAUUUUGUCUUUUGCAAUGGCUGUCUGGUUGUUGUGGAUCCCUUAGACUGGCCACUACAACUCAUUCUCUCAUUUUCUUGUUUGGUUCUUUGCAGCAAGAUGGCAAGGAUGACACUGACUGGGGAAAGAGGCAGUGGAUCUUGGUCGGUGGUGCCACCUAUUCUUAUAUUUUAUGCAACCGCUUGUUGGCUAUGUUGAUCAUGAGCAACAUAAUGACUUUGCUUGCUUCCGAUGCAUCUGUGCAUUUUGUUUAAUGGCUCUGUCUCUAUGAAGACUUAGAUACUGCCGUCAAUAUGUAACUCGUGUUAUUUUGCUUAACUAUGGCAGG